AUGGCGUCAAACAAAGAAGAGCAGAGCUUCUUCACUCAUCAUGAACAGAAUCCAGACAAGGAUGAGACGGUUGUAGCCCGAGCUACAUCUCCAGAGGCCGACGCGCCUGUACAACCUGCUUUCACCUACUGGGACUGGCAAUUCAUCGUCUUGUUUCUGUCGACCUCCUUGUGCUUCUAUGCCGGAUUUUUAGGAACUUCACCAUGCUGGAAUCUCUCCUUGUUUUAUCUUCCGACACAAUUCGUAUCCAGCGCCGCGGUGAAGUGGACCACUCCAACCAUCUUUUUCUGUCAGUCAUUCAGCUGCUUUCUCUGUGGCAGACUCUCGGACCUGGUCGGUCGUCGUUGGGUCUUGCUUUCCGGGAGUGUGAUCUCGUUCGUCGGCUUCCUUGUCGCCGGCAGAGCCUCGACGGGAUCAACACUGGUUGGAGGGAUUGCGCUCAUUGGCAUUGGAAGUGGCGUCCAAAUCAUGUCACCAUGGCUGGUGUUGGCCGAGCUGGUCCCGAUCAAGCACCGCUUCGUGGUGACGGGACUCUCCAUGGCUCUCUUUGCACCACUGCUGGCCAUGUUUCCUGCAAUUGGCAAGUCCUCGCCUCCUAAGAAUACCGAGGCUUUGGUUGAAAACACGGGCGAUGGUUGGCGCUGGUGCUACUCCAUCAACGCCAUCUUCAGCUUCGUGUCUCUGGUAGGAUUGUUCAUCUCCUACCAUCCGCCAACAUAUCAGCAGAUCCACGAACACCUCGCUGCCAAAGACGAGCUCCAUAAGAAGGAUUGGCCGGGCCUGGUUACCUUGACCCUGUCAGCUGGAUUUCUGACAUAUGUUCUUCUCUGGGGAAGAACUGUUUACCCCUGGCGGUCACCUCAAAUCAUCACCCUCAUUACUAUUUCCGGCCUCGUCCUGGUUCUCUAUUUGGCAUACCAAUUCUUCCGUGGAAAUGACCAUGCGGCCCUACCGGCAUAUUUAAUCCGUAAUAGGACCUCUCUGACCCAGAUCACACUCGCCUCUAUGACCUCACUACUCUUGUGGUUCUAUCAGCAAGGCACAGCGAUUUCAUUCCAAAGCAUAUAUAAUAGAACCGGAAUGGGCGCCGCUUGGGAUAUUUCAAGUUGGAGUGCAGGGCUUACAGGAGGCAUCGUCGCAGCAACCAUCAGCCUGGCAAGACCCCGGCACGUGAAAUGGCACAUCGUUGCAAGCACGAUCCUUUGUAUGGUCUUUUUGGCGACGUUUCCUUCUUUCGCCCCCAAGAGACAUAGAACUGCACUGGCCUGCUGGGCUCUGACUGGAAUUGGGCAAGGAUAUGUCAUGGUCAUCACCUAUGUAACGGGACCUCUCACCGCUCACCCCCGCGACUUGGGACUGGUCACAGGCUUGGUGUCAGGCAUUCGUGGCCUUGGCUUUGCUUUAUUUGAAUCCUUAUUUGCAGCCAUAUAUCUCCCGCGCUUCCAAAGUAAGACGAUCGAGUUCGUGUCUGAGAAUGCUCUCAAGGCUGGUCUGCCGCCCAGUUCGCUCCCAGCCCUGCUUCAGGCUCUAAGUGUAGCCCAAGCCACUGGCGAUACAUCGAGUCUUUUCAGCGUUCCAGGUAUCAACUUCUUCGCCCUGGAAGGCGCUUUGGCCGGAGUCACUGAAGCAGGGACCAACGCUUGGAGGUUUGUCCUGUUGAUCUCCCUUGUCUACGGGCUACCGAUGAUGUACCUGAGUUUCCGUUCUCCAAACCUUGACGUUUACCUGUCCUCAGAAGUUCCAGUUCGCCUCAAUCGCCCUUCAUUUGUGGCUAAUCCUACAUUGCUUGGUCGGAAACGGAACAAGGAGUCGACCGCAUCUAGGGUGGAAGCCUAG